CAUGGCACCAUCAUCAGCAGUAGUCAGUGGCACCAGUGCCUCCGUGAAUCUACAGGACAUCACCAAGCUGUUGGCCUCAUUGGAUGCUCGCCCGACUGUAUCGAAGUUCGAGUCGGCGGUUACGAAGUACCCCUCGGCAGCGGUGUUCUGGAUAAAGUAUCUGGACUAUAUGUCCGAGACUGUGGGCGCCGAUGCUAAAAGGAGAGCGGCUCUGUCUGUGAGGGCCACCGAGCAUUGUCCCAUCGUUGCCAUAUGGGAGAGACAUCUGGCCAACGUCAAAGCAGCACAGCCCUUGGCACAGCUUUUGCCGACUUAUAGUGAUGCUUUACAGGCAGUCGGACAGGAUAGGGACUCAGGCAGACUGUGGAUGGAAUAUGGGUACCUCCUGAAGAUGCUCUACAACCAUCAGCAAAAGAAUGCCUUCGCCUUGACCCGAGGGGACACCAGCAGUGAGGACGUCUCUGAAGACCCUGAUAAGAGAGGUGAUACGCCUCUGGAGCUGCCUGUGCCCGAUGAGCCGCCGCCGGGCAUAUCCUUAGCGCUUGUCUCAGAGGCUAACUUGGAACAGGUAUCGUUCCAGUCAAGCAUUGAUAUAAUCAGACAACACUAUCAAGACGCGGUCUCAACACCCUCUAACUUCAUAGAUCAGCUUUGGGACGAGUAUCAGGAGUUCGAGCAGGCCAUCCACAACCAUGAACAGAAGGAUGAGAAGAAGAAGCCGGUCGCUGUAGGCUGGGAGCAAGGCCAUUACGGAGAUGGAGUGGGGCCAUCGCUGUGCUCGAGACUGCUUACUGAAUAUUCCAAUCGAUAUAUGUCAUCGAAACAGGUGUAUAAAGAGCUCACCCGACUCUAUGGGCAGAUUAUCCCUCUUGCUGUGCCCGUUCCCCUAACGUCAGAGUCGGCUCGGAAGCUGCGUCGUAACAUCAAGGGUUGGCGGCAAGUGUUGCUAUAUGAGAAGUCGAAUCCUCUCCAGCUGCCGCAGCCGGAAUGUGCCGAGGCCCUCCGGGCAAGAGUGGAUUUAGUAUUUCGCCAGUGCCUCAUGGGGAAUGCAUACGUUGCUGAGUUCUGGUACGACUACUUCGUGUGGCAGUAUUCAUAUCAAUUACAGCUGCUAGUGAGGCCCACUGAGUCGGCGCCAGUGGAGACGCUGCGAACGGCGAUUAAUAAGUAUUUACCGUACGAUGUCUGUCUCCGACUGGUAUUGGCUAUGGUACUAGAAGAAGAGCAAAGCAACUACGGCCUGAGGAAAACCGAUGACGCUGGGCGGCAGGUCGACGAAGCUGAUCAGACCUAUACAGAUCUUCUAUCUGUCUUCGACUCCAUACAACAGAGCUGUCCUACAGGUCUCGUACACUACCUCAGGUAUAAGUGUCGGACGUACGGUAUUGAAAAGUGUCGUGAACUUUUCACGCAGCAGCUGACGAGCAAGUCGCGGCAUAUGAGCGCGGAAGUGAUAGUAGACAUGGCUAGACUAGAAUAUCGAGUGGUCAAGAAUGUGGCAGCGGCGGAGUACCUAUUACGGAUGGCAUUGCAGCGCUAUCCGGAAAAGCGCUCGAUGUUGAUACCAAUCCUCGAGGACUUUGUGGCGGACGUCCAUGGCGUGGGAGCUCGAAAUGAGCUGGCAGCCGAGCUGGGCGUGUUCGACUCUAAUUAUUUCAACACGAGGAUUCUACCAGCGCCGACACCGUUGAAACAUCGUUCUUACUCGAGCUACCUCUCUUCUAUUCGUUUCCGAACGCUAGUCCCAGACGGACUCCGUAGUGGGGCUGGUGGUAUCAGCAAGAAGCAACUCAAGGAGGGUACGACAGAUCCGACUGCUGCAGGAGACGAGAUAAUCGAUUUGGAUGAUGGUGAUGCCUCAUUGGACGGAGAAGACGCUAUGGAUGGACGUGCUGGUGCAAGCAAGCUCCUAUCACAGGGGAUUAAGCGGCCGGACAUGAGUCGGCUGCAGGUUGUGAAGGCUUAUGAUCCAACAGCACAUCGAGGAGAGCAACAGAAUGAGGAUACAGGACCAACGGCUGGCGUGGCGGAUCCUAACGAUAUGGACCUGCGUGCAGAAGCUACGAAGCCCGAUCCGCCGGCACCAACUAUCGAGGACUCGGUCCGGAUCGACACUCCGAAGCCUGUUCUGGGCCUAAUGGACCUAAUCCCCGAAGGUGCAUUGCCGCAGCUGAAGACGGCAGAAGCUGCUGUUCAACAGGCUCAGUUCGAGGCGAUGCUACAGCGGACCGGUCAGCAGUUGGCCCAGGUCCCUCAGACCGGGACGGGAGGCGGCGGUAGCUCCCAACAAGCCACAGCACAGUUGUUGGCAGCGGUGCAGGGUGCAGGGGCUGUCGAGAGGACUAUAACGGCAUUGUCAUUGCCCGACGUAGAGCAACAGUUGCGCUAUUUACAGACGUUGGAGUUGCCGAAAAUCAACGUGGAUAAUUAUCGUGAGAUGCAAGCCGACAAGUAUAUGUAUGAUAAUCGGAUGGAGCGACUGACCAGGGGGGAAAGCACAGGAAAGUCAGCGACGGCUACAUUGGCGGGUCUUCUGGAUUUGAAGCGGUUGACUGGCAAUGAGAGUGGUCAGGAUGAGGAGCUUCAAGGCUUGACGUUGAAGAGGUGGGCAUUUGAUGGCAAAGAGCAGAAGGACGAAGAUGACGAUGUGAUAAUCAAAGAGGAUCAGGAGGCUCUCCUGGCCAAGUCCUUUCUAUCGGCGAUGCCGGAUAACAUCCAUCGGGAACGAUUACAGUAUAAACGUAAGAAGAUGCUGCAAAUGCUCAACCUCGGGAUGUUACAGCCUCAACAAGGGCAGCAGAAACAACAGCAGCAGCAGCAACAACAACAGCAUACAGUUGAAUAG